CCCUUUUACAGCUGAGUAUUGUCAGGGGAAGGGAGCAGGGGGAAUCUGAUGCAUCUGAGAGAAGGAAAAUAGAAUGGAGCAGUAGCAAAGGAUGGAAUCACGGUCGGUGAUCCCUAAAGGGAAGCCCUGCAAGUGACAGGGUGUCCGAUGGGAUUUUAUCAUCAUGGCUGCUCUAUACCAGAGCACUGAUUCUUCCUCGCCAAAUAAAUGUUUGGCUCUCAAAGAUGUCCGGGAAGUAAAAGAAGAGACCACUUUGGAUGAAAAGCUGUUCUUACUGGCCUGCGAGAAAGGUGAUUAUUAUAUGGUAAAAAAGCUCUUGGAAGAAAACAGCAGCACUGAUGACCUUAACAUUAACUCAGUGGAUGUUUUAGGAAGAAAUGCAAUUACAAUAGCCAUUGAAAAUGAGAAUCUGGACAUACUUCAACUACUUCUAGACCAUGGCUGUCAGUCUACGGAUGCACUUCUGGUCGCCAUUGACUCUGAAGUUGUGGGAGCAGUUGACAUACUGUUAAAUCACCGGCCAAAAUGGUCCACAAGGCCAACAAUUGUCAAGCUCAUGGAACGGAUACAGAACCCAGAGUAUUCUACUACUAUGGAUGUUGCUCCUGUAAUUUUAGCUGCUCACCGGAACAACUAUGAAAUCCUGACCAUGCUUCUGAAACAGGAUGUAUCUCUCCCAAAGCCUCACGCUGUGGGCUGUGAGUGUACUCUCUGUACGGCCAAGAACAAGAAGGAUAGUCUGAGACACUCAAGGUUUCGACUCGAUAUUUAUCGAUGCUUGGCCAGUCCUGCUCUUAUCAUGCUUACAGAAGAAGAUCCUAUUUUACGGGCUUUCGAGCUGAGUGCAGAUUUGAUGGAACUCAGUCUGGUGGAGGUGGAAUUCCGGAAUGAUUAUGAAGAGCUUGCUCAAAAGUGCAAGACCUUUGCUAAAGAUUUGCUGGCCCAGGCUCGGAACUCACGAGAACUGGAGGUCAUCUUAAACCAUCAAUCCAGUGAUGAACCCUUGGACAAGAGAGGAUUGUUAGAGGAACGCAUGAACUUGAGCCGUCUGAAGCUAGCCAUCAAAUACAACCAAAAGGAGUUUGUGUCGCAGUCUAAUUGCCAACAGUUCCUGAACACGGUUUGGUUUGGACAAAUGGCGGCGUACAGGAGAAAACACACGUGUAUCAAAAUACUGAUUGUUCUUACUGUGGGCCUUUUUUGGCCUGUCCUCUCCUUCUGUUAUUUAUUAGCCCCUAAAUCCCAAGUGGGACGCAUCAUUCACACUCCUUUCAUGAAGUUCAUAAUUCAUGGAGCCUCUUACUUUACUUUCCUCCUGCUUCUCAACCUGUAUUCAUUGGUUUACAACGAAGACAAAAAGAACACAAUGGGACCAGCUCUGGAGAGGAUAGAUUUCCUGCUUAUUAUAUGGCUAAUAGGAAUGGUUUGGUCAGAUGUGAAGAGAUUGUGGUAUGAUGGCUUGGAAGAUUUUUUAGAAGAAUCGAGAAAUCAGCUGAGCUUUGUAAUGAAUUCUUUAUACCUGGCAACCUUCGCAUUAAAGGUGGUGGCUCACAGCAAGUUCCAUUCCAUUGCAGAGAGAAAAGACUGGGACGCUUUCCACCCUACGCUGGUGGCAGAAGGGCUUUUUGCAUUCGGCAAUGUUCUCAGUUAUCUCCGUCUCUUCUUCAUGUAUACCACCAGCUCGAUCUUGGGUCCCCUCCAGAUUUCCAUGGGUCAAAUGUUGCAAGACUUUGGGAAGUUUCUUGGGAUGUUCCUUCUUGUGCUCUUCUCCUUCACCAUUGGUCUGACACAGCUGUACGACAAGGGCUAUGUCACUACUGAACAGAAGGACUGCGUGGGCAUCUUCUGCGAGCGGCAAAGCAAUGACACCUUCCACUCCUUCAUCGGGACCUGUUUUGCUCUCUUCUGGUACAUCUUCUCUUUGGCGCAUGUAGCACUGUUUGUGACCAGGUUCAGUUGCAAUGAAGAGCUUCAGUCGUUUGUGGGAGCACUUAUUAUUGGCACGUACAACGUGGUGGUCGUGAUUGUGCUCACCAAGCUUCUAGUAGCCAUGCUUCACAAGAGCUUCCAACUCAUAGCUAAUCAUGAGGAUAAGGAGUGGAAAUUUGCCAGGGCCAAGCUAUGGCUGAGCUAUUUCGAUGACAAAUGCACAUUGCCUCCACCUUUCAACGUUGUUCCAUCUCCCAAGACUAUCUGCUAUUUAUUCAACAGCAUGAGUAAAUGGAUCUGUUCUCAUACUCCGACAGGAAGAGUGAAAAGGCAGAACAGCCUCAAGGAGUGGAAAAGUCUAAGGCAAAAACGAGAUGAGAACUACCAGAAGGUCAUGUGUUGUCUUGUCCAUCGUUAUCUGACCUCCAUGAGGCAGAAAAUGCAAAGUACAGACCAGGCCACCGUGGAAAACCUGAAUGAGCUUCGACAAGAUCUCUCAAAAUUCAGAAAUGAAAUGAGGGAUCUGCUUGGCUUCCGGACCUCAAAAUACGCAAUGUUUUAUCCACGUAACUAAGUCGAUAUUAUUAUUCCUUAAAUGGAAUUAAGAGUAUUCUGUCUACAAAGCAUUCAACUGUUGGUUUCCUCCACCCACAGUAUUAUAAGUCAUGUUUGCACAUUUGUAUUAUUUAAAUCUGGUGUUUUAUUUUAAAUGUUAAAAGAAGGUAAUAUCAUCAUGGUAUCCAUAUCCAUUCCUGAACGUCCUGAAUGAAAAGAACAUGUUUCAUGCAGUUCACAAUACAAUCUAGAAAAUGUCCACCUUCUAGUAUAAUGUGAUGAAAAUCUAGAAAAUAGAAUGAAACAUGAUUAUACUAAACCCAAAGUGCAUUCCCUCUUUAGUUUUCAUAUUACAUCAUUAUACAACUAAUUAUUGUGGUCAGCUGUUUAUAUUAGUUUCUUUAUCAAACAAAAUUAAGAAAUAUAUAGUUUUUUAUGAUGCGUAUGGACAAUGAACAAUGAACUAUGGACAAUUGAUUCCUACUGUGGACAGCUAUGAAUCUAAUGUUUAUACCUUGAGUUCAGGUGGAUGAAGAUCACAUCUUGGUUUCUCCAAAGCAUCCAGGAGAAUAACUUGCUAUGCUAUGAAGAUGCUGUACUUUCUGUGCUAGAAUGCCAGUUAAUUGUGGUGAUUAUGUGAAACCAUAAUAUAAAGUAAAUAAUGCUAGUUUGUGUUCAUAUUUCUAUGGGUUGUGUAUAAAACAGCUGUAGGCAAAGUUCAAAAAGUAGAGCAAUCGCUAUGGAAACUGAAUGUUCAACUUCAAAUUUUGACUCAGAAUAGUUCUUUAUAAUUAAUCAUGGGCAUAUGAAUUCACAGUAAUCUGGGCAGAAAAUAUUUACUUAGCAUAUGCACUGUAUACCCAACUCCACAAAAACAUGGGUCAAUGCAUGCUGUACAGACAGUAAUGGUAGACUACCAAUGUAAGGAAAUCAAUAUUUUUGGAUUCGUUUCUACCAGGGAUGAGAUGAGCUUUUUUUUUUUAGUUUAUAUAUGACUAUUAGGGAUUUUCAAAAAGGAAGCAUUGUGUAUAGAUUUCCCUUUUUAAUUAUGCAAUAUAAGCUCACUUUUACACCUUUUUAAAUAGCACGCCUCUUUAGAACCUAUGAAAGAUUCGGGAAUUCCAUGUGUUUCUCUUUUACUUGCAAUAUUUUAUCAUCACUUCACUCAAACCACAGACCUUUUGCCCUUAGAAUGGCGGUACCCAACAUUUCCCUUAUCCUAACUCCCAUUUAUUAUCCUUAUGUAGCUCAUACCCUUUAGUUUUUAUAACAUUUUCCUGCCGUAUGAAUAAGAAUGAGUGGAUAGAACAUAAUCUGCACUGUGAAGUGGAGCAAUGACAGCAGGCCUGUCAUUAACGAAAUUGAAUUAAUAAGGAUAAAUGACGUAAAUUUUCCAUCAUGAGUGCAUUUUAUUUUUGAAACUGUGUCUUUAAGGGGUUAAUUAUUGAGGUCUAUGACUUCUCAGUGCUGUCAAACAAUGCCAAAUAUGUACUCUUACUAGUAAAUAUGUAAGAAGGAGGGCAGUACCGCUAGUAUUUUUCUUGGUGUAUAGUUUGGGAAAUGUGCUGUCUGCCAACAGGAAUGACAGCUCUCAAAACUCUCAUGUAUUUCCAUACCACAAUUUCUCCCAUCAUACUGCUUUGGUACCACAUGUGGGAGCCUAUGUGAACCUGCCACCAUAGACAGCUUGCUUCCUUGCUCUUCUCAAUUGGCUUGUCCAGAAAGAUCUUUUUAUCUCCAUAAGCAUUUUGUGGUAGAAUGUUCUAUAGAAUGUUCUAUAGAAUGUUCUAUGAAUCAUCAUGACUGGGGAGAGCUGUCUAUUUUCAUCCCCACUGUAAAAAUAUUUAGGGAGAUCACCGAACUUUCUACACCAAGCAUGUCAAACUUGUGGGCCGCAGGCCGCAUGCAGCCCACAAUGGACAUCUUUGUGGCCCGGCGACCCUUGAAUACAUGCUUGGUGUUAAAGCAGAGUAGGCACCUGCUUUCCCCACAUU